AUGACGGGCCACUCCAGACUCCAGACGGCGGCGCCACUCCAGAGGUCCAGACGCAGGGGCGCAAUACCGUCGCAGUUCCUGAACGAGGCGCGGCCGAGCGCCCGUUAUGAGACGAUAGGGUACUGGGGCACUCACGGGAGAUACGUGAAGAAGAAUAUACUCCUCGGCUUCGUUGACGAGAUUGGAUACGACGUCAACGAGAUUGGACACGACGCCAGCAGUAUCGCUGAGUCCAUUAUUGAGCACGCCAUUGAGGAGGAGGAGGGAGACCACCAUCUGCUUCCUGACAGGAACAAGCUUGCCACGGCCAGGAAAGAAGUGGAAGCGGCCAAGAGGAAGGUGGGGGUUGAGGAAGCGGCCGGCGCCGCCGACGCAAAGCCCGAAGAUCCCAAGAUGAAAGUUGCCGCCGCGGUGAAAGGCGGUUUGAACCUCGAUCUGGAGCUGAGCAAGAAAUUCCUGUUCUUCCACCUCAAAAAGGACGCACAAAGACUCGAACCCGCCGUCAGACCACCUAUUAUGCGGUGGAUCCUUGACAAAGUUACCCAAGACAAGCAUCCACACUGGGUAAGCCUUCGGGCCGGCCUUGCCGCGAAGCGAAAGAGCGUCAUUGCCAAGUCAAGCUUGCCAAACAUGCAGGAUGGCACGACUUGACCGAUAUCCCAAAUUUCUAGAAGACGUUAGAUAAAGACGCUCGCCACUAGGGAGUCAAGGACUACGAGUUUGUCCAAUACGAGACGGAGUUUGUGUCACAAGAGGACAUCGUCAAAAACCCGAAGAUCACGGAAAACGUACUCCCCGGCCAGACGUUGGCGUUCAGUCUGGAUGUCAAUGCGAAGGCCAAAAGGUGCAACAUUUCGCUGUCUUGCUGGGAUACGAGUAAGUUAGCUUACCCAGAUUUGGCCAGGCCCCACUUUUGGCCCGGGCGCCGCCCGCACUUACACAACGCAACGCAUGACAUUUGAAGCUAUAGAAAAAGGUCAAAUCAACUAAUUAC